GCGGCUGAGCGGAGAGCAGCGGAGGGCCGAUGUGGGCUUCACUGUGACCCGAUCCCCGCGAAAAAGCGACAGCUGUUCGGACAACACGGGACAGACAUCACGGACCAGACGUCAUUGUUUUUUUUUCAAAGGCAGACUGUCGUCGGUCAGACAGGCAGCAACAGUUGUCACGAUGUCUGAGAUCAGAUGAGGCGGGAGCAGGGGAGCGAACACUGCGGCGCUGCUGUGCUCCCGGCCGGGCGGGAUAAACGCGUUGCUGUCGCGUCCCGCCUGCGAUGAUACCGCCGUGCUAACCACCUGGGACAGCGAGGGGAGUGAGCUGUAACAUCUUUGUGUCAUUCAGGACUAUCGGCGUUACUCGGCUCCUCAAACAUCCCCCGGUUGUGUCCCGGUUCUGUCUGCGGGUGAGCUGAAUCCAGACUUCGGGGCGGGCUCAUGUUCCGCUCGGCAGCGGAGCGGGCUGUUGCGUCUGCAGAGAGUCAGAGCUGACGAGCCUGCUGCCGAGACACAAGGACAGACAGACAGACAGAGAGAGAUAGACAGGCAGCAGGCCGAGAGACAGACAGGAGCGAGGGGAGGGGGGCGACAGCCUGUUUCGGCUCUCUCGACCCUGUGCGGAUCGAGCCGAGCCCCCUCCUGUUUCCGAACAGAACCCACCUAUCUCCCGCUUUGGAUGGGAGGAAAGCAGAGCACGGCGGGCCGGCCCCGGGGUGCUUUCCCCGGUGUCUCUACAGAUGACAGCGCAGUGCCACCCUCGGCCCACUUCGGCCACUACCGGCCGAGCGGCACCAUGGGCCUACGCAGUCGCUCGGUGAGCUCCGUGGCCGGGAUGGGCAUCGACCACAGCCCCGCCAUGCCCUUCGGCUUCUACACCCCCAGAGGGACGGACUCGGACAGAGCCGGGGGGGGUCAAGGGGCUACCGCCGCCCUCCACGGUACCGGCUACCAGGACACUGGGGGAGGGCACCACACGGAGGGGGUGCUCUAUCUGGGUUCCCGGGGGUCGCUGGCUGACACCUUGCCCCUGCACAUCGCGCCCCGCUGGUUCAGCGCGCACAGCGGAUUCAAGUGUCCUGUCUGCUCCAAGUCUGUGGCGUCCAAUGAAAUGGAAGUUCACUUCAUCAUGUGUCUAAGCAAGCCCCGCCUCUCCUACAAUG